GUCUGGCACAGGUGGAAGCAGACAGUCCGGAAGCGAGAUGCUCCUCCUCGUCACAAAGAUGGUGUCUUCCUCGUCGUAAUGUCAGAUAAACACAAAGGAACGAGCAGACAGACACAACAUGACACAGCGACGAGAUGAAAUGUUUGAUCGUUAAAAGUCUGGCGGCUGUGAAAGGAUUGAUAAACUGCCUCUGAAGGCGGACACGAUGCACGCCUUCAGAGCCGACGGAGGCUCUUAUACGGAUAAUCUCAUCGGGACUUUACUUGCUAUUUUUGGAAAUCUGCUCGUCAGCAUCUCCUUAUGUAUUCAGAAAUACAGCCAUGUGACGUUAGCAGGAACCAAGGACACGCGUGCCUUCUACCGCACUAAAACCUGGUGGUGUGGUUUUGUACUGACCUGCCUUGGAGAGGGAGCCAACUUUGUUUCUUACGCCUUCGCCCCCCUCGCUCUCGUAGCACCUCUGAAUGCUGUGUCUAUGCUCACCAGCUCAAUUCUGGGCCUCAUUUUUCUGCGUGAGAAAUCCAGGCUAAAAGACUUUGCACGGCGCUAUGGGCUGUCCUUCCUGGGCUGUAUCCUAACCAUAGGAGGAACAUACCUCUCUGUAGCAUUCGGACCAAACUCCCAUGAAAAGCUCAAAGCAGAGAACAUAGUGAGGCAUCUGGUGGGAUGGCCUGUUCUCUUGUAUCUGCUCCUGGAGAUCAUCACGUUCUGCCUGCUUUUAUACUUUUACAAACAGCGCCGCUCUAACUACCUCGUCAUUAUUCUGCUUUUGGUCGCUCUACUGGGAUCUGUCACGGUCAUUACAGUGAAGGCGGUUUCAGGCAUGUUGGUUCUCACCAUCGAGGGCACCAUGCAGCUUGACUACCCGAUCUUUUCUGUCAUGUUUGUGUGCAUGGUGGCUUCAGUGGUCUUCCAAGCAAGGUUUCUUUCCCAAGCUUGUCAUCUAUACGACUCCUCUCUGAUUGCCAGCUUUAACUACAUCCUCUCCACCAUCUUUGCUGUGGUAGCUGGAGCUGUGUUUUACUUAGAGUUUAAUAAUGAAGACGCCCUUCACAUCUGCAUGUUUUUGUUGGGAGUUGCUUUAUGUUUCCUGGGGGUCUUUCUCAUCACCAAAAACAGGAAAAAGACUAAGACCUUUGAGCCGUAUGUCACUAUGGAUAUGGCCAAUGGUGUCCCAACUAUUCAUGACAAAGGCCUGGUGGAUUUCAAUGGUUCUUUCUCUUAUGGAGCUCUGGUCAACAACGACGGAGUGGCUCCUGCUACUCUACCAGUAAACCAGGAACAACCACCAGUCAUUUCUAGAUCCACUGAUGGUGUGUCUGACCUAAAGAAAGAUUAAAACCGAGUAUUUCUAUUGUUUUUUUUUUCUCUCUUUUUACACUUUCCAAGGACAUUGAAAUGCCAAAAUGGGUAUGUUCUGAUUUUUUUUUUUUCCCCCCUCAUGUAUACACAAGACCAACCUCUGGCCCAGUAGUGGGUGUCCACUGGGUGUUAAGAUGUUCUGUCACUUUGCCUUACACUCCUCUCCACAAGUUUUUCUUUACGAAACCAAAAGAUGACCUUGAGAAGCAUUCCCUUUUCUGAGAAGAUGUCAGCUGUAUUCAUUCCAAAAAUGAACUGAAACAACCUGAAGCUGCUGAGUGCAGCGGUGCACUUCAGAAAUAUGACAGCAGAGACGGUGUUGUGCCUUGAAGCUUACUGCCUGUACUCUGUGUUAGUGUUGAGAUGUGAGGAUUUACUUCCAUGACUGUUAAGCAGUUUUGUUCCCAUUCACUCAUUAAUGGGAACAAACAGUGUUCUUCCAUUGAGUUACUUCUCAAAUACCAACAAUGUUGGAUAAUGUAGCUGCGGACUGUUUCAGAAGACUUGCCAAUGAACAUUUUAAUUUAAAAUACCUGCCUUAUAUGAGCAGGUUUCACUCCAUUUUUCUGCCUAUUAUUAUCUGUUUCAUCGUAUUAUUGCUCUUCCUGACGUGACCAAACAAUAGGUACAAUUGUUUUAAUUUAUUGUAAUGUAUUUAUAUAGUUUUAGUGUGCCUUAUAAAGUAGCAGUACACUGGAUAAAAUACUGUAAGGUAGCACGUAACACGGGUAGAUAGAUGAUUGAUUCACUAUAGCAGUUUAGUUAUCAAGAUUGGAUUUGAUUGGAAUAAUAAUAAAACAAAACAUUGAAAGGUAGUAAUCAAUAAACAAACAAUAAGAAAGUCUAGAUUUAGUUUCUGGCUAAAAUCAUUAAUCGGCAUGGUUGCUCAAUUAACCUGAUGUUAACCUGGAAGUUUAUAAUAUAAAAAAGUAUUCAGCUAGUGUUGCUAAAUUAACUUCAACUAAAUGAAAUGUUUAAAAUUAUUCAAGUGUAGCCUUUAUGUCAAAUAUUUACAAGCUGAAUAAUAAUGCAACAAUGAGCGAAAUGGCACUUAAGCAAUCUAUGAUACUAAACAUGUUCCACUCCUUAACAAUACUCCACAAUAAAUAAACAAAUAGUGGCAUAAAUUGAUCUCUCAACCAUUAUGUGGCGAUGUAUUUCUACAGUGUUAAUAAAGCAGUCUCCCCACAGUG